UUUACAAGUUCUCGAUUUGAGGAGAGCAUAGUGAGGCUCGCAGAGUGGAGCGAUGAAAACCCGGGAUUUAUUUGUGACAAUGUAGUGUUUAAACCCAAUGUCAUGGUACAGAUGGAGUCGAGUGACACACAUAAUAAACCGCAUACAGGAAGGUAUCACUUCAUGUCCUGUGGUCGCCUGUGUCACAGAAAGGAUGUGAAGGGUCGUUGGGAAACACUUAAUACUAAAUCAUGACAUUGGAUGGCAAUAUGACCACCAUACGACCUUUAAGACGAUCGAAGACCAUAGCUGUGUCCGACUUCCAAUCGGCCAGACGGUUUGAAGAUCAGGAAAAUAAAGAAAAUAUUUCAUCGGACGAAAUGAAAACAAGAACACCAGGAUCGUCCUGUCAGGCUUUACGACAUGCUGUAUCGUCACUGAACAGGUUGGAUGACUUUAACUUGGAGAGAAUUGGAUGUGGAUUUUUCGCAGAAGUCUUCAAGGUAAAACACAAGACAACUGGCCAGGUGAUGGUGCUCAAGAUGAACAUUAACAAAUGUAACAGGAUGUCUAUGUUACGAGAGGUUCAGCUGAUGAAUCGCCUGUCUCAUCCUAACAUCCUCAGAUUCCUUGGCGUGUGCGUACAUGAAGGACAGCUACAUGCUUUAACGGAGUUCAUGGAGCGAGGGGGGUUGAACGAGGUCCUAGCAGACAAGACCCUGGAGCUUCCGUGGACAAUGAAGAUCAAGAUAGCCCUGGACAUUUCCAAUGGGAUGAAGUAUCUCCACUCCAGAGGGGUCUUCCACCGUGACCUCACAUCCAGGAAUGUGCUGGUGUGUGGUGAUGAAGGGAACCUGAAUGCAGUUGUGGCAGACUUCGGGUUGGCAGCCAAGAUACCAGAUCCUCUAGACAAGGAUAACUGUCUUCCCAUUGUGGGAUCUCCCUACUGGAUAGCCCCGGAGGUGCUGCAGAACAAGUGGUAUGAUGAAAAGGCCGAUUUGUUCUCUUAUGGAAUCAUCUUGUGUGAAGUAAUAGCCAGGAUAGACGCUGAACCAGAAAUACUCCCUCGAACACAGAACUUUGGACUGGACUAUGUGGCGUUCAGUGAACUUUUAGACUAUUGUCCCUUGGACUUCCUGCGUCUAGCUUUUACCUGUUGCCAUAUGGAUCCGUUGAGAAGGCCAGUUUUUGCCGAGAUAGUCAUAUCUAACGAGCAACUCCUAAGAAACCUGGAGGAAGACUGUAUGAUAGGAAAUGGAAAUGGUGGGUUUAAGCGACCAGGCCACAAGCGGUCGAUGUCGGAGGACAACAUCUUACAACUGUCAGGGGAGGAAGUGAUAGAUCCUGGGGACUUCCUCACCUCCCUCACACCCCAGGUGGUGCUGGGGGAGGCGAUGAGUAAGGACGAUCAGUUUUACUCGCCUGCUCUCUCAAAUCCAUUUGUUGGCUUUCAACAGUUUCUUGAAAGGAAAAUUCUAGGAACUCCAAGCGGAAAACAGUCCUUUGGUUUUGAAUUGCCAUCUCCAUCGAAUGCUUUCACCCCUCCGUGUAGCCCCUGUACGCCUGACCCCUACUCUGGUCGCCAUAGGAACAAAUCGGGGCCACAGAGCCAGUCGCUGCCUUCAUCACCAGUGUUGCUGAGGAAGGCAGCGGAAAGACUACACCAGGAAUCUAUUCAUGGCUCAGCCUCCCGCCGACACUCGAUGGCUCCCUCCAAAUUCACGUUCAACCAGAGAUCAAAGAGCACUGUGUUUCCAGAGGUUCUUGCGUACAGGCUACAGACCGAGUUGGCAGGGAGUCUUGAAAAAGGUCUCGCCUCCCAGUCCGAGAUAUGUGAUAAUGACGUAGACAAUGACUAUAGAGGGACAAACAGAUCCAGUCCACAGCGACCGAGGAGGAAGCUGUACACAAGUAGACAGCUAAGUGUGGACUCUCCGUUCUACGGUCCAGGAGACUCGGGGGAACACAGGUUUGAACUUGGGGGCGGUGGGGACGCAUGUAAUGUCACUGUCAACAGCUGGAACAACGGCCUCCUGGGGUCCAAUCACGACUUGCGUGACUAUGUGUCUUCAAUCAGCUCAACAGAGUCGUUCAUGUCGAUUGACGAGAGUUCAGUGACGCCCGUCAGUCCCGUGUCUGAGGGGAGUUACCAGGACAUAUUUUCUUCCAAAAAGGAAAAAGUGAAUAGGUGUUCCAGGUCAUCGAGUGAGGACUCUAUGGAGAAUGUACGACAGGGAGGACGCGAGCGACAAAGGCGAGUGAUGGAGACGAAACUCUAACUUGUGUAACAAAUAAAGUGGUUCCUCAAUGAUCUGUAGUCCGGAAUCCAUACUAUGGUGCCAACAUAAAGAAAUCGGCUUUAUGAUUGAUGAACUUUGUGUGUCCAGAAUGUGCAUCAUUAUGGAUAAUUUGGUUGGAAACAGAACAAUCUCAUUUGACAAAUUAUCGCUGUAUUUUCUGUUCAGUAGAUCUAAAGAUAACACAGUUUUUUUUCCUCUGCUUUAUUAACAGUGUUUAAACAAGGCAAGUUAAUUCCAUUUCUGAUUUGAGUAUUGUUUAGUGUUCCUAUUUCUGAUCAUUAAAAUCUAAAUCGUCCACAGAGGGUGACACUACCCUGUGAUAUUGCCGUUCAUCAAAACUUCUGUAGUUCAUAGAUAUCCGGAUACCAGAAUGUUCAAGUUUAUAAAACUGCCUUUUGUGUAUAUAUUUGUGUACUAGUACAUGUGUGAUAUGCUAUGUAAGUAGUAUGUAUAUGUGAGAGUGCGAAUGUACUAGGUUAUAAUUCUGAGACACAGCUGAAUUCUUUUUAGCUUUUGGUAUGUGCAGCCAUUUAAUGUUCAAAUUAAAAUAUGCUAUUCUGUUGCUGUUUUUUUGGAUGAACUGUUAUGAUUAUGAAUUUAACGAAAUAUUUUUGGUUCGGGUCUUGUUUGAUUAAAAAUCAAUUUUAGUCAGCAGUACAUGCAGUAUGUUAAUAGUUUUUGAAGGAAAGUUAAAUUGCGUUUAGAAUAAUGUGCAAAAAAAUUCUAUGACAGAUUGCAUUAGCAUUAAAAAUUAUGAUUAACAAGAGUAUAUUUAUUUGUAUGCCAUUAAUUCUGGAACCGAGUAAUGCUGUAAUCUAUGAAUUUAUUAGAAUUAUGAGUGAAAUUAUAUUGGUGAUCAUUAAAUGGCAGCUAGAGACUAUGGAUAAUUUUGAUAUUAGUCUUGAAGAUAAUAACAGAUGCUAUUAUGUGUGUUGAUAUCAACAUUGUGUAAAUAAAUGUUUUCUGUACGACAUAUUGUUAUGAUUCUCUGCAAUAUGAAGGGUGGCGUGUGUAUGCCGGGCUGUUGAGUAUUUAAAGCUAUAUCGAGUGUGUGGCGUGAUAACUGUUACAAGGUUAGGUUGUGAUGAAUGCAUUUGAUUAUGCGUUUGGCAGUUUUGUGAUUUUUUGAUUUUUUUUCAUUUCUCAAAACCAAUUUGUUAUUUGUUAUUAAUUCUUUAAGUCGUUUUCUUUUUGUACUUGUAGGUGCCAUUAGUGUUUUUCACAAUCAUGUUCAAUCCUUUGUGUUCUUUUUACAGUUCUUUAUUUAUAUUUAUUAAGUUAUUGUCAUAUUCAUGAAAAAAAAAAGCAAUCUCGUGUUCACGAAUAAGUUCUCUUAGAUUGGUAAACUUUGCAUAUGACUUUCUACAUUGCUUGCUUCCUUCUGUCAUUUGUCAUUUGGACUUUUAGAAAAAGUGAAAUUAUGAUAUUUCUCCUCUUGCUUAGUCAGGUUUGCCAUCCCAACAAUGUAAAUUGAUGCCAAUGUAAACAGGAGCAUUUUAUUUAAACGAUUAGAAAAUGCCUCAGUAUUUGAAUAUUUUAUGCAAAUAGAUGAAAUAUACAUUUCUGCAUAGGCUGGUUAAGUGAAUCUAUUUUUAAAGAAAGCAAUUCUGUUUAGGAAAAGAAAAGAAAAAUAUUAACAUUUUUUUUGUACUGAACCCCAAUCCUCGGCCCCAGGUUAAAAAUUGCACUUACCAGAUACAUUAAAGGAUCACCUUACCAUUGCCAAAAACUGUAACUACGUAUAGAAAAUUUGGCAUGAUUAUAGUUUUGAUAAAUCAUUUCUGAAAAGAAAACAAACCUUCCAGAACUGUUAAAAAAAUAGAAUUGAAAUUAAAAAAAUAUAAUCAACAACAGUGUUCUGAUUGUAAAACUUCAGUUGGGCUAGACCUGGAUUCGAACCCUGGACUUCAGAUUGUUAGAUUGUUGCUCUAACCCAAUGAGCUAUUUGAUAAACAGAAGUGACCUGUUCCAAUGGUGCUUUAGAUAUAUCUGAAAGCGAAACUCGGAGGGAAAUAACUAUUUAUGCAAGAAACACAGUGGGAUUCUGUAGCUAUAAUGAGACAGUUAUUAAAGUGCAUUUUUUUUAACCUGGGGCUUAGAAUGACUGAACCAAAACCCAAAUGAUUUGUUGCAUUUUGAAAAUAACCAUGUAUUAUUUGAAUUUAGGGACUUGAUAUCUCGAAUUUCUGUCUCCGAAUGGAAUCAUUUCUGGCCAAAAUUGGAUACUGCCUGUGUUAUCAAUGUUUGUUAGGCACUACUGUUUGCCGUACGAGGUUGUAUCUUGAUUGUAUGUGUAUUGGUACAUUGUAUCAGCCAUUUAUUAUAGAAUACAAAAUUUCGCUGUUAAAAUAUAGAGAAUCAUAAAAUGUUUUCACUUCUUUCAAUGUUUAAUUUUAAAAAGUAGUUAGAUAUUCUUCUAAAGAAGUUCUGAUAGAAAAAAUAAUUGAAUGAAUUCAACAGUUGUGUGUGAGUUAAGUGUCCUAGAUUUGUGAAAAACAUUUUUGUUUGAGGAGAAAUAUAUUAUCUUGCAGUAUUGAUUAUCAAAUUUGUAAAUAUAUGAUUUUAAUUGAUGUAUAAGAACUGUAACAUAAAUAUUCAAAGAUUUUUUUUUGUCUACAUUUGUUAAAAGUUUUAAAACAAGACUAUAUUUAGGAGACUGAGAGUAUCCAUUAUAUAUAUAUCUCUGUUGUUGUUGACGCUCUCCCUGCUAAACAUUCCUCAGUUACUUCAGUGAUGGUGAUACUUUAACCAUAUAGCCACUCUCCAGAUUGUUUUUCAAGAUUUAUUGUAAAAAUACUACUUAAUGACAUAUAUGUUAAGGUUUAUUAUAUUUUAUUUAUUGAUUACUUAAUUAUUUUCUCAUAUAACAGAAUACAUAUCUCGCUCGCUGUAUUAACUCAUUCACCCCUGAAAUUUCAUAAUGGAUUAUUCCAACCCUUUGGAUUGGAAGAGUUCAAAUGUGACUACAGGGUGAACGAGUUAAACAGUACCUGUUAUGAACCUGAUGGCAGUAAAUGAUCUAUAACUAAUACAUGUACCUGCAAUUGAGUGCUCUACUUAAUGUUACUCUUUAAAUGGCAUCUACUGUUCAUUGAAUUGCAAACAUGUUUUCGGUGGUACCUACUAAAUUGCAUAUUGUCUGUAUCAUACAUGUCUUUGAUAAAUGUGUUAAAUGUGUCAUAGUGCUUUACGCAUGUUAAAUGGCACAUAAAUGUACAGAAUGGUCCCUCUUACCUGUCCUAUUGGUAUAUAGAAGUCUUAAAACACAAUAUAGGUCUGAACAACUCAAUCUUACCACUGCUGUAAGAGUCUGGCCACUUCCUGUAAGAGUCUGGAUACUUCCUGUAAGAGUCUGACUACUAUCUGUAAGAGUCUGGAUACUUCCUGUCAGAGUCUGACUACUUCCUGUAAGAGUCUGGAUACUUCCUGUAAGAGUCUGUAUACUUCCUGUCAGAGUCUGGAUACUUCCUGUUAGAGUCUGACUACUAUCUGUAAGAGUCUGGAUACUUCCUGUCAGAGUCUGACUACUAUCUGUAAGAGUCUGGAUACUUCCUGUCAGAGUCUGACUACUUCCUGUAAGAGUCUGGAUACUUCCUGUAAGAGUCUGUAUACUUCCUGUCAGAGUCUGGAUACUUCCUGUUAGAGUCUGACUACUAUCUGUAAGAGUCUGGAUACUUCCUGUCAGAGUCUGACUACUAUCUGUAAGAGUCUGGAUACUUCCUGUCAGAGUCUGACUACUUCCUGUAAGAGUCUGGAUACUUCCUGUUAGAGUCUGACUACUUCCUGUAAGAGUCUGGCUACUUCCUGUAAGAGUCUAGCUACUUCCUGUAAAAGUCUGACUACAAUGUACUUUCUUUGAAAUCCUGACUACUUCCUGUGAAUUUUGAUUACUCUCAGUUAUGUUCUUUUUACAUCUUGAGAAAGUCUUGACUACUCCCAGCCAAAUUCUGACUACAUCCUCCUUGCAUUCUCCAUAUAAAAGUCUGAUUAUUCAUGGCGAAAGUUCUACUUCUACCUGUAGAGUCUUAUCUAUAAGUCUUAAUUGUCCUCUAAAGACAUUGUCCCUGAUUCAAAAAGCUCUCUCUACCUCGCAGCCUGUACACAAUGGUCCCAUUACAUUUGCACCUGCUACCUGACAACUCCCUGUACAUGUUUACUUUCCUGAUAACUGUAUGACUAGCUACUACUGCUUAAUGUAAAAGUCUCCAGUCUCAGAUGUAUUAGUCUUUUUAAUUCGUAACCAGUACAUCAUGUCUUGUUGCCUGCUGCUUGACAACUCUCCGUAAAUCUUACUUCCUCUGGUUGCUUGAAGUCUGUAGAAACCGAUUUCAUCUACCUCACAGCCCAGUACACAAUUUGUUUUAGGAUUAUUCUCUACCUCACCUCCUUUGAUUGAGCUAUCCAUAUAUGGUGUUCAUUACAUUUCCUCGAACAUGAAAUUAAGAGGCAAGAUCAGGGCACAUUUGUGUACAUUUAUCAUGUUCAUAUUGGUUCCCCUAGAAAAAUAGUUAAAUUGACAUUGUCGUUUGCGUGAAUUAGACAAUGAUUGUAAUGAACAUUGGUUUAAGAGAACCUAUUUUGAAUCUGGAAGAUUGGCUUCAGUAAUAAAAAAAUCCUUAUUUCAAAGUUUUCACAUGUAGAAAUGUUGGUUAGCUUUUUCUUUGGUUAUGUAUUGUUUAUCAGUUGUCUCCCCUGUCUUAAACCCAUCUUUCAACUGAUUAGAAAACAGUAUAUUGUAUCUACUCCUUACGUAGGGCUGAAGGAUAUACUCUAGCUAUUGUACAUACAACCAACACCGUGCUACACGAUUCAUUCUAUACACUGUAUUGUAAAUACUCCUUACUCAGAGAUACAAGAUAUACUCCAUGCAAAAUGUAUAUUGUAUAUACUUGUUCCACUGGAAUGUAGAAUAUACUCUAUAUAUUGUACUUUCUCUCAACACAGUGCUGUAGGAUAUAUACAGUAUACUACACACCCCUACCACUAGGCACGGGAUAUACUAAUUCUAAAUCAUAUCGACAUAUUUUCGGUCAGCAAGUACAGUUCCAAGACGAUUCGUGCAUACAAUUUUCAAUAAAUUUUAUUAUCAAAUGCAUACAAAACAAAUCAAUUGCUACAUGCAUACACAAGUUGCUUGUUAUUGAUAAUCAGCACAGUGGUUUGUGACUUAGCUGUAGAACCUGAGUAUGAAGUAGGUUACUGUUUAUAUAAUGUGUGCAAUAUAGAUCUGACAAUUACCUCCCUUUAUGUGUAAAGUUACUUGUAAAUACGAGUAUGCUUUGAGUUUCUGUCCUUUGAUACAAUAAGUGUACAAUAGUUGUUAACAGUUUUUAAUACUUUUUUGUUAUGAUGUCUAUGACCUUGGCAGAAAUGCUUUUUUGGUGCCGACUAAGGAUUUUGAUGCCCUUUUGUGUUGAAAGAAGCAGGACAUUUUGUAAUUGUAAAGUAACAUCAAUUUUUGUCUUUCUCUCUCUCUUCCCUACCCUCUCUUUUAUCACAUUAUAAACGAAAUGCGUACUUGAUAUUAAAUUUCUCCCAACAUGCCCCCCCCCUGCACUAGUUUCCAAAAUGCACAUGAAGAAAGAUAAAAAAAGACACAAGUAUCUCAAUAUACAUACAUAAGCAGGCCAUCUUUUCUCGAAAGGCACAUCGCAGUGAUAACAUAGUAGAAAAGUAUGACUAUCAUCAGGCUGUUCUGAUGUACCUUCCAUUGGUGCUUAUAAAUCCAUCUAUUUGUCCUUAGAUGAUGUUAGCUGUGAAAAGGACGUUAAACAAAAUAAAACCAGAAUAAAACCAGGAUAUAAACAAAAUAAAACCAGGAUAUAAACAAAAUAAAACCAGGAUAUAAACAAAAUAGAAGCAGCUCUUACUAAGUUACUGUAAGUAAAUGUAUGGAAAUUAAAAAUAUUCUGAAUUUAACGUUUCCUAUCUAUUCACGUGUUUUUACUUCAACAUACGUGUACACUGGGUGAAACUACAAACAUCUCAACAUAAAUCUGCUCCAUUUCAGAACUCAAUAGCCACACAUUCUGAUAAGCCAUAUUUGAACAUUAUUAAUAGAGAUAUCGGGCUAGGGAAAGUGUGGGAUGCUGUAACACGCCUGUGCUUCAGUCCAUAUCCUGCUAUAUUUGUAAAAGUACUUCAUCUAUAUGUUUAUAGUUCAAAAAUGUGAAGUGAAACAUUGGAAAUUAAAUAUUUUUUGUUAAGUGCAUGCAAAUUUUUACAAGCUUGAAAACUAUUUUUCUUCAUACAUUCUUUUGUUGUCUAGCUUCCAGGAUCAUGUUUUGUUAAUUUAAUUUUAGGAUGAAUAAAUAUUGUUCUUUUUCCUAACUAUUUCAACGUUAUGUUUAAACGUUUUAUCAUAUUAACCCAAACCAGUAAUAGUACUAUAUAUUGCCAUAGUCGAAACCUGUUGACGUUGGUGUUUCCAUUACCUCAGUUACAUAAUUAUAGAUAUACACACACUUGUGGCAACGAAAUAAACGGUAGCUGUGAUAUACUAGAAUUUCAUGGUGCACAGAAACCCUUUGUUUCCCUCAUAAAUUUCAUUUAUGAAAAAGAUCGAAAAGAUAGAAACUUGUAUAGAUUUUAUAGCUAUGUUUAAUACAUGUCUCUUUAAUGAUGUACUGUACGUGUAUUAUUAAGAAUGAAAGCAAUCAUAAAUAUCUUCAAAUGAGGAGAGAGGAGUUUACAAGAAAGAACAAAAUAGACUAAUUACUAUAUUGAUUAUAAUUACAAGUUAUCGAUGUAAUUGAAGAUUGUACAUCUCACGGUACAUCCUCAACAUUUUAGGGUUUACGCUUGCUUACAUUCUCUAUACCCCCGGAAUGUGUCAUGACAAAAUCGAAGGCACUAAGUUAACAAUUUGAUUGGUUUAAGGUGAAACAAAUCUCCCUACCAAUCACUAGACAAGUACUUGUCCUUUGUAGAGUACUUAGGAGCGACAUCCAACUUCAAAGCUCGUCUUUUUUUACCAUUAGCUGCCUCAUGGCUUUUUUGAUGUAAAACAAAGAGUAAAACCAAUCUACUCUAUCAUCAACAAUGUGGCACAUACCUAGUACUACUAUUCAAUUCAGUUUUGUAAUAACAUAUUCCGAGGAUGCAGAGAACGUAAGUGAGCGUAACCCCUGGAAUUUCAAGGAUGGCUACAUAAUGUUGUUUGUCAUUGUUGUCAAUUUGAACAGUGUCACAGUAAUGCCAAAAGGCUCACUGCUGCCAGCACUAACUGUUAUAUAGCCAUGUUGAUUAAUAAAUAUAUUUUUAAAAAUAUAAAUAUUGUUGAAUGUAUGUUAUACUGUAGCCUUUUUUGGUGUUGAUGAUGGUUGUCUAAAUGAAAAGUAUAUGUAUGGCUGUGUGAAUGGUCAGGUUACCCUGGCAACUAUCAACACAAUUAUAUAUAUGAAGAUAUGAAUUUAAUUAAACAGUACACGUUACUUCACAAAAUGA